GCAGUGGAGGCAGGCCCCGUCCGGCCCUGGGUCCCCGCGCCGCCUGUCAUGUUCGUGCCGUGCGGCACCGCGGCGCGCCGCGACUUCAAAGGCUUCACGCUGCUUAUGAAGAAGAAAACUUGUUAGGCAUACUUUCCAAAGCUGUUGACACCACAGCUUAGGUGGCGUCUCCCCUGAUGCUUUCAUCAUUAGCGAAAAGCCAUCUGUAUCAGUGGGAAAUGUUGGCCAACUAGUGAUAGACUUGGUUAUUUCUACACUUGACAUGCCUAAAGUGGGUUACUUCUACACUGAUUGCCUUGUGCCAAUGGUUGGGAAUAAUCCGUAUGCAACAGCAGAAGAAAACUCAACAGAAUUGAGUAUAAAUGCAGAAGUAUAUUCAUUACCUUCUAAGAAGCUUGUGGUUCUUCAGAUUAGAUCACCAUUUAUUAAGAAUAAAUACAGGUCCUUUUGUCAAACUGUUCUUUCUUGGGUGAAAAGCAGUAAAUGUGCCAGAGUUAUUCUUCUGUCUAGCAGUCAUGCAUACCAGCGUGAUGAUCAGCAGCUUCAUGGUACACCACUGCGGUAUCUGCUCUCACCUACAAUUCAGAAAACAGUUGGAGAUCAGAUGCAGAAGCUAAACUGGAAAGAGAUGGAAAAAGUAGCAGCUUACCCUGAAAUAAACAAUGCAGAGAAGGUUCUACAUAUCCCUGGAGGUGGCAUCACAAAGUUAUUGUUCACUGAGAGGAUCUUGCUGAGUAUGUCUUUCUCAUUUGUAUUAAAAAAAAAAAAUUGGGUUGAACACCAACCAGCGUACUCUCACUUUAAAAAAACAACCAAUUGUUCUAAAGAAAUCCCAAUGGCUGUUCUACUGAAAUUUUGCUCAGAAGGGGAUAAUAUCCCUGAUGCACUUGCUCUGGUUAACUAUCUUAAUGAAUGGCUCCAGCUAAUUAAAAAUGAACAGAGCAGCAGUACCACAACUACCGCUUCACACUGGAAAAUACCAAGUUCUUGGAGACUGUUAUUUGGCAGUGGCCUUCCACCUGCACUCUUCUGAUCUGUGCUGAAUUUUUCUAAGUCACCUGUAUAAAAUAUCUGCAACUUCCCCUACGAUGGUAACAUAAUGGGCAUAAGCAGCAACAGUCUAAUUUGCUACAGACAUUAAUAUCUCUUUAUAUAAGCAAGCAGAUCUUUUCACAUUGUGGUUAUGUAAAGAAAUUGACUUAACUUCCACUAAUUGGCUAAUGUGUGAUAUGUUUUGCACAAUGGUUCCUUUGGACACCUGUUAGAAUAUUUUCUAAUAAAUUAUUUUAAAAGGGCA